AGUUUCCCAUCAUCCUCUCUUUCUCUUUCCUGCUGCUGUCGCUCGCGUGGAAGCUGGUGCCAUCAUGAAGGUCGAGCUGUGCAGUUUCAGCGGAUACAAGAUCUACCCCGGCCAUGGGCGCCGCUAUGCUCGCACCGACGGCAAGGUUUUUCAGUUCUUGAAUGCAAAAUGUGAGUCUGCAUUCCUUUCUAAGAGAAAUCCCCGCCAAAUCAACUGGACUGUUCUGUACAGGCGGAAACACAAGAAGGGACAGUCAGAAGAGAUACAAAAGAAGCGCACACGUCGUGCUGUGAAGUUUCAGAGAGCCAUCACUGGUGCAUCUUUAGCUGAGAUUAUGGCUAAGCGAAAUCAGAAGCCUGAAGUACGAAAGGCACAGAGGGAACAAGCUAUUAGGGCUGCAAAAGAAGCCAAGAAAGCCAAGCAAGCAACCAAGAAAACUGCUGUUUCUGCUGCAAAGGCUCCUACAAAGGCAGCACCUAAGCAGAAGAUUGUGAAACCAGUGAAGGUUUCUGCUCCCCGUGUUGGUGGAAAGCGCUAAUUUGCUGAACUGUUAGUCUUUCUGAAUAAAUACCUGACUGACGUU